AUGUGCUACCUUCGGUUUCAAGAAUUUUGCAGAAGCCUUGUGAGAUUCUGCAACAUUGAAAGCAAGAAAUCGUAUAAUAAUGGCGUUAGUCUCGCUUGCUCUUGCGAAGUCAGCAAGAGACCGAGCGAGUCAUCCAACAACACUUCCCAGAAUGACGAUCAGUUGCAUCGCAAAUCUUCCAUACCCACCGAAAGCUCUUCCGAAGCGUUACCCUCAUUGAGCACAUCCCUGAGUGAAUUCCCAGUUCAACGCACAUACUCAAUCAUGCGAUUCGAAGCUACCACAGACACCGCGCACAUUGGGUGCCAGGAUACUUCCUCGAGUGACAGUGUUCAGACCAAGACAACAAAGAUCAAGUUGAUCAUUGAAGACUUCGACGCAGUUUUCGAUGAUGUUUGA